GAAAAAUUUCUGUAUUAAAAUGUGUCUUACAAAUAACUUAAUUUGUGCUUCUCUAGACGUUAGUUGCACAUAACUAAAGAUCCAGCGGUAAUUUUUAAGAUCCAAUUAAUGAAUUAGACAUAAAUUAUUAAAGGAGUUUUAGUGAUUUUAACGAAAAUCUGUUUGGAUCAGAAUUAAUGUAAAAUAAUUAAAAUUUCAUCAUAAAUACGAGGAAAUAGGAAUCGCUAAUAUGUUAUUUAGACUUGGUUCAUUACGGUUCAUUAAACUAAUUCCAAAUGAUAAGAUGUUAAGUUUCAAGACGCUUGAAAUACCAAAAAAGAUUCAUCAUACUUUUAUCAAAACAUCGCCAUUUACAAGCUGUAGCAUUAAUCAAUCAAGUAAAAUUGAUCAAGUUAAACAGAUGUCACCAGAAAAAAACAGCUUUGUCGUUAAUGCUCUUCAAAAAUUCAGAGAGAAUCCUUAUGUUAGGAUCAUGAGAUUAGACCGGCCAAUUGGAUCAUUUCUACUGUUUUGGCCCUGUGGUUGGUCAAUAGCUUUAAGUGCAUCACCAGCAUGCAUACCUGAUCUCACGAUGUUGGCUAUUUUUGGAACUGGAGCGAUAAUAAUGAGAAGUGCUGGAUGUACAAUAAAUGAUAUGUGGGAUAAAGAUAUUGAUUCAAAAGUCCAAAGGACCAGCACACGACCAUUAGUGACAAAAGAAUUGACAAAUUUAGAUGCGUGGUUCUUUUUAGGUGGUCAAUUAGGACUUGGAUUAUUAGCUUUGUUACAAUUAAAUUGGAAUGCUAUAUUACUUGGUACAAGUUCCUUAGGUUUAGUCAUAAUUUAUCCACUUAUGAAACGCGUUACAAAUUGGCCACAAUUUGUGCUCGGAAUGACCUUUAAUUGGGGUGCAUUAUUAGGAUAUUGUGCUGUACACGGUGAUGUAAAUUGGGUUGCUUGUUUGCCAUUAUAUACAGCUGGUAUUUGUUGGACGAUUAUUUAUGAUACAAUUUAUGCUCAUCAAGAUCGUGUUGAUGAUUUAAUUGCUGGCAUUAAAUCUACCGCUUUAAGAUUUGGUCGAGAUACAAAAAAGUGGCUAACAGCAUUUUCAGCAGUAAUGCAUUCAAGCUUGAUAACGACUGGACUAGUUUGUGACUUGACAUGGCCAUAUUAUGUAUCACUGUCAGUUAUUGCAACACACAUAGGACACCAAAUCUUCACAUUGAAUAUUGACGAUCCAACGGACUGUGCAAAAAAAUUCUUGUCUAAUAAUCAUGUAGGAUUAAUAUUAUUUUUGGGCAUUGUGAUGGGAGUUUAUCUUCAAAAUCCAGAAACCAGUGGAAAGAAAGACACAGUUCAAAUACUUCAAAGUAUAAAUUCACCUCAUUGUGUAGCAUUGCAAAGUAAUAAAGAUGUUGAUUAAAAAUAAAUAGAUGUUAAAUAUACAAAUGUUUUGUGAUUAAAACAGCGUUUCUUAAUCGAAAAUUUAAAAAAUCUAUAGUUUAAUUUUUGUCCCAUACACA